AUGAUUCCUCAUUGUCUUGACGAUGUCCCGGCACGGUUUAGCGGCGGCUUAGACAUCCUACAUCCAAAUGUUGCGCCUCAACAACAACAACGGAAGUUCAACCCUGCAUUCGAUCCGCGAAAUGGCAUUGCGCGAAGAUUAAUAUCAGGUGCUCCUAGCACGAGUGCUGGUAGUGACCCUGAGGCUAUGCUUCGUGAAGUCUUGAAAGAAUUUAAGACCAUAACUUCUUCUCCCCGCGUUCCAACAGACGAUGCCGUACGGCAAUUCCUGCAACGCUGCAGCGAGCUUGCGAAAAUCGCACUGUCAAACAACUAUAAGGCAACUUCACCUCCUUCUCCGCGAAGUGAUAAUAAUGCCACAUCGUCCCUCCUCGAUCUAGACGUAGAGAAUGGAGGAUAUGGCACUUCAUCGACCACUCAAAACAUUCCUAAAAAAUCAACAAAAGAGCCCUCAAAAAUGUCAAACCUCCAAUCCAAAAUAGCAAGCGAACUAUCAUCAACUCUAAACGACUUCCUCCGCGACCCUAAAAUCUUCAUUUCCCCGGAUGUCCUCCGCCAAUACACCCUGUUGCAAUCACAGCUCAAGCAAGCCGACUACUUCCCCGAAAUAUUCUCUCUUUACGCCACGAAACCGAUUCCUGACGAUAACGGCUCCAUCAUUACCUAUCGUAAACCAAACCCCAAAACUGUCAAGAAUGCAAUCCCACAAGAUCUCGCAAACCUCGCCCUCGACAUAGCCAUUGAGAAAAAGAACCUAUCCCUCUGUCUUGCGAUCAUAGAUGAAUCUUUCUGCAAACAAGCCUACUACCGAUCUAAGAUAUUCCGCAAAGCUGCUCUCCCACUUGCCGGCCUCGCGACGGCCCCAACAGCAGCAUAUGCCGCAGCAUCAUACAUAUCCACCCUCCAAACCGCCAUGGAGCCCAAUACCGCCCUCUGGGUUUCCUUUUCGGCAAUCCUUGCCUAUAUAGGCUUUACUUCGUCUAUCGGCGUGGUUGCGAUAACAACAGCGAACGACCAGAUGAUGCGCGUGGUGUGGAUACCUGGCAUGCCGUUGCGGGAGCGCUGGUUGCGCGAGGAGGAGCGAGCUGCCAUGGAUAAAGUUGCGGUUGCUUGGGGGUUUAAGGAUCCAAGGAAGAUUGGGGAGGAGGAAGGGGAGGAGUGGGAGAGCCUGAGAGAAUUUAUUGGGAUGCGGGGGAUGAUUUUGGAUAAGACGGAUUUGAUGGAGGGGAUGGAGUGA